ACCCUCUCCUCUGGCCACACAAUUCACCAUUAAUUCACAAACAAAAUGAAGCAAAAAUAUCAGAAAUUUCCUCCACUUCUUCUCUCUGCGGUGAAAUCGCCAAUAUAUAUAGGCUUGUGUAUGUAUCUCUACACAUCAUACAAAAAGAAUCAUCAAACGGAAAGAGAAAGGAACCCCGGCGUCAACCCACCGCCCGGCCACCAUCAUCAGCCGUAGAAUAUGGCCGUUGCUCUCCAGCCCUCACUUCGGUUCCAUCACAAUUCUCCAUUUUUUCCAAAAAGCCCUCAUCUUUCCCGCAAUUCGCAAAUCCGCCCCAACCCUAGUUUUGCUACUGCCAGCAUUCGAGCGAGCUCUGCUGUUGCACUUGACACCGAAUCAAGCCGUGAAGCACAAAGUACUUCGGAUGUUGAGUUGUUUGCUUGCGCAAUUUGUUACGAGCCGCUGAUACGAAAAGGCCCGUCUGGUUUCAAUUUGCAAGCAAUAUAUAGGUCUGGUUUCAAAUGUAGGAAUUGCAACAAGUCGUAUUCGAGCAAAAACCUGUAUCUUGAUCUUACGGUUACUUCUGGCACAAAGGAGUACAACGAGUUCCAACCAGCUGGCACUGAGUUAUUCAGGAGCCCAUUGGUCUCAUUUGUUUACGAGAGGGGGUGGCGCCAGAAUUUUAACAGUAGAGGGUUCCCCGGUCCAGACGAAGAGUUCAGUAUGGCGCAGGAAUACUUUAAACCAGCCGAAGGUGGGGUCCUCAUAGAUGUGAGCUGUGGCAGUGGUUUGUUUUCCAGGAAAUUUGCGAAAUCGGGGUCCUACUCGAGAGUCGUUGCACUUGAUUUUUCUGAAAAUAUGCUUCGCCAGUGUUUUGAUUUCAUUAAAAACGACGAUGCUAUCUUAAACUCUAAUCUUGCACUUGUGAGAGCCGAUGUUUCAAGACUUCCCUUUGCAUCCGGUUCCGUUGAUGCUGUUCAUGCUGGUGCAGCAUUGCAUUGUUGGCCUUCUCCUUCAAAUGCAAUUGCUGAAAUUAAUCGAAUAUUACGAAGUGGUGGCGUAUUUGUUGGAAGUACUUUCCUUCGAGUCAGUUCAUCAACUCCGACAUGGUUAAGGCCUUUAAUUAGAGAGAGGAUCACAAGCAACUACAACUAUUUAACAGAAGAGGAGAUCGAGGAAGUUUGCAAAUCUUGUGGUCUCGUUAAUUACACCAAGAUAGUUCAGCAAUCUUUUAUCAUGUUUUCUGCACAAAAACCUUGAUUUGUUUUUUUUGAUGUAUUUAUUUUACGAUAAAAACAUGCUCCACGAACUUGUUAUUAUAGAUAUAAAAAUCAUAUAUUGAAGUUGAUUUCUAUCGAGAAAAAGACACGAUUGUUUUAUAAUGAACCCCAUUUCGGACCGUUUCCUCUGAUUA